CUCGUGACCAUCAAGAUAUCUGAAUCAUUCCUAAAUAAACUUGGCUGGCGGAAACAUACUAAAAUACUACCUUAAUGAAAGAUUUAGAUUUAUAUUAAAUAUCUUAUAAAAUAACGCCAUGAGUCAAGCGAACGAGCAGACAGCACUAAUCAAUGAGGAUGAUGAAGAACUUGAAGGUUGCAGCGGAACACCGCCAUGCAAUCCUAAAUCAUGUCUCCACCGCUAUUUUCCUGUAUUGAUUCUCAUCUGCUUUCUCAGCUUUGGUAAUUGAAUUAAUACCAUACUAGUUAGUAGUUAGUUGUAUUUAGCCUAGUAAAAAUUUAAUAAAUAUUUUUUUUAGUUUUGUCAUAAGCUAGUCUAAUAAUGGUUAGUUUAUAAGCCUAAUAACUUUUUUAAAAAGAUUAUUUUAAUGAAAUGACCAUGACCAUGUCACGGAGGCCUAAAAAGUAAAAGUUAAAAGGCAGGCAGCUUCUAAUCUAACUAAGUUACAGUUAAUAAUCAGUUAAGGCUAGAUGAGCCUGUAGCCUAGUCCCCUACCAAUUUUUCAAUUUACAAAGUUUUCACAAAGGCAUCUGACUAUGAUGUGGAGUGGGAUAUGAGCUGGGACAUGGAAUUUCAUCUGCAAAGUGUCAGUCUCUAGAAGUAGUACCCCUCUACACCACCAUUUUAAACUUCAUGGCCAUAUGCUUGAGCCAGAAGAUCAUAUUAACAAUGUGUGCAACCAGGCAAACAAGACCCUAGAGUUCUUAAGGCAAAAUCUAAAGAUCGGUGUGAAAGAAAAAACCUUUGUCCGGCCGCUUUUAGAUUACGCAUCUUCAGUCUGGGACCCAUUCUCUCACAGGAGCAUUAACAAGUUUGAGGCGGUCCGGCGACGGGCAGCACUCUUUGUCCUGAACCGCUACAAGAACGCCGCUAGUGUUGGCAGCAUGCUGGAAACAAUGGGCUGGUCAUUACUGGAGGAACAACGAUUAUCCAGGCUCUCCAUGAGGUACAAGAUAAAAAAUGGGCUGGUCCACUGCUCCAACAUCAAACAGAAACUCAUCCCUCUCUCCCCUAGACAGCAACGAGGUCAUCACAGGCAGUUCUGGCUCAUAACAUCAAGAGCACAGUACAGGAUCUGCUCCUUCCUGCCAAAGACAAUUAAGGACUGGAACAAGCUUCCAAAAGGAACUGUUGACGCGAAAACACUUAACACAUUUGUUUCUAUUGCCUCAGGACUUCCAACCCCCAGUUCCCGAUACCCUCCCUGUGUAGAUAUUAAUCUCUAUCUAAACAAGUCUUGCUCUUCAAUUAUUUUAACCACAUUAUCAUUUUAUGUCUACUUUAUUGAAAAGAUAAUCAAUUUUCCAUCUGAUAUCUAAUCUUUUUUUUCAGGGAGUUAUUUCUGCUAUGACAAUCCAGCCGCCUUGCAAGACACAAUGAUCAGAGACCUUGAUAUAAAUGAGAGUAAAUUCAUGGCCUUCUACUCAUUCUAUUCAUGGCCAAAUGUGGUUCUGUGCAUGUUUGGAGGCUACCUCAUUGACCGUAUGUUUGGCGUCAGGUUGGGUGCAAUUAUCUUCAGCAUGUUUGUCACAGUGGGCCAGGUAAGGUUACUUGUUAAAAUAAAAAUAAUAAAUUUGUGCUCAUUAGAGGCCGUCCAUAAAUUAUGUCACACCGUUUUGGUUUAUUUUGCCCCCUCUCCUUCUUUCUGAUCACAUAUUGUCAUAAAUAGUGUCUACCACUCCUGUAGAUGCACGUCAGACUUAUACAGACAAGUAUAUACAGUAAAUGUAUUAUGGAAUUAUGCUUUAUUAUUGGCUAUUAAUAAAUACUUUCACACUGUUUAUGACUGUUUUCUAUCCAUAACCCGAUCGUUACAAAUUUGUUAUAACAAUUUGAACCCCCAUCACACAAAUUCAUGAACCCCUUUCCCAUUUAUGGAUUUAGCCCUGUAAAAUUCUUUGUGGUUGAUAAAUAACCCCCAAAAAAUAGUUCAAUGGGGUCAAGGCUAGAAGACUAAAAAAUAAACCAAUUAUGUGCAUAAAAUUUAGCCAGAGUUUGUAGAGAAAACAAAGCCUAAAGCAUUUUAUAACUUUUCUUUCUUCCUGAACUGUCCUGCUCAUCAAUGAACAGGUCAUCUUUGCACUAGGAAGUCUCUUCAACAUAUAUGCUUUGAUGUGUGUUGGUAGAUUUGUAUUUGGGUAAGUGGAUUUAUGGUGGAUGAUUAUUUUGGUAGAAGUAAAAAUACUCGAUCAUCAUUCAAUUAAGUUGUAUUCAUGAAAAAUGUAUAUUUAUAUCACAGUUAUACUUUCUUUUUUUUUUUCUUUUUUUUUUCUCCCUUUGAGUAAAUAUUUAAUAAUAUUUAUCUUUCAAGUAACUGCUAAAUAUUGUAAGUAUAAAAUAUAUAUCAUAGAAUGCAUCAAUUUUAUCAGCUGUAAAGAAAAAAAACUUUGAUUCCAGAUAUAAAGUACAAUCUUAUUGUUGGAAAAUGUAAAAUAUCUAUUGGGAAAAAUAACAGUGGCCAGCAGCAACACAUACUUUGAUAUGUCCUAAAAUGUAAAAAAAAAUUUUUUUUUAUCCUUUAUCAGUUAUGGGCAUAUAAAUUUUGAAAAAUAAAGUAUCGUUGUUUUGACUGUGUUGCUUUUUUUUUAGUAAAGGAUUGUAAAAAAUUUAUUUUAAAAAAAAUGCAACCCCCCCCCCCCCUCUUUAAACAGAAUUGGGGGUGAGUCUUUGGCUGUGGCACAGAACACAUUUGCAGUCAAGUGGUUUCAAGGGAAAGAACUAAACAUGGUGUUUGGUCUGCAGCUGAGCUUCUCUCGAGUGGUAACAUUUUAAAACAAUUAUACAAUUAUUUAAAAAAAAAAAAUUAACUCUACAUACAACAUAUAUAAAUAUAUACACAUUUUAGAAAAAUGAGAAGAUACAUUUUUUUUUUAACACUUGGACUCACUGUGUUUUUUCUCAAAAUACCUAGAUCUGGUGUAUAAAAACUGCAACAGGUUAAGCCCUAGUAUUUAUUAAUUUCUUAUCUUGUAGGGCAGCACAGUAAAUAUGAACAUCAUGCAGCCACUUUACAACCUCAUAGAUGAACAUGUGCAUGGCUACAAGUGUCUGGGCAUAGCUUUAUUUAUUGGUAAGUCAUCAUCAGUGGCACUACAUCCCAUUUUGCGCCCUGGCUUGCUCCACCACACCCUUCCAUUCAGAUAUCAUCACCAGUGGCACCACAUCCCAUGCAGGGCCCGGGCCUGCUCCACCAAAUCCUUCCAUUCAGACAUCAUCAUCAGUGGCACUACAUCUCAUGUAGGGCCCUGGCCUGCUCUACCACGUCUUUCCAUUCAGACAUCAUCAUCAGUAACACUGCAUCCCAUGUUGGGCCCUGGCCUGUCCACCACAUCCUUCCGUUUGCAUUUUUUAAAUAAUUUUUGUUUAAAAAUCAUGUGUUGUUAUUCAUAAUUUACAAGUUAAGUUUAAUUGUUUUCAUGGUUCGGCAGGGGAUCUUCAAAAUUUGUUAAAUUUAAUUUGUGUCCUCAUAAAAUUUAAAAUUUUUUUUUAGGAGGCUUGUUGUAUUCUCUGUAGAGGCCUCCACUGCAGGCAGUGAGGAUGAGUUGAACAAACCAGAACAAAGUUGAUGACCUGUGUUUGGUCGUAGACACUUUAAAAAAGGAUAUAUUACCUUAAGUGAGACUUUAAAAAAAAUUUCAUUUCUUCCCUAGGUGCCGGGAUGUGUGUGUUCUCCCUGCUGUGUGCGUUCCUGCUGUCGUACUUUGACAAGAGGGCGGACAGGGUUCUGAAGAGAAAACAGAUUAGUCAAGGUGGGUGUGUCUGAUCACAGGUCAGAGGUCAUGGUGCUGCUACAUAAGUACAGUGUUGUCAGAGAAUAUGAUGCUUCUACACGUGUACAGUGUCGUCAGAAGACAUGUUGCUUCUGAAUAUUUACAGUGUUGUCAGAUUGCAUGCUGCCUUUACAUAUGUACAGUGUUGUCAGAAGACCAUGUUGCCUCUACAUAUGGGCAGUGUUGUUGGUUACUAUGGCACUGUAGAAAAGGCCAAUAGUGGCAAGCCAACUUAUACAAUUUGUGCCGUUGGAGUGUGACAAAUAGACAAAAGGAUGGAAGGUAUGCAGUUUAGCUUAGAGUAAAAUGUUGAAAAGAGAUGAAUUAAAUAUUCUAUUUCAUCACUAUUUAAUCUCACAAUUAAGGAAACAUUAAAUAAAAAGGAUUAGUGCGCUUGCUCAGAGUUUUCAUGAUAAGAAUGAUGUGACAUGGAAUUAAAGUAAACAAACGAUUUUGCAGAUAAAAUAUAAUUUUUGAUGUAAAGAAGAAAGAUUAUAGCAUUUUUUGGGAGAAAAUAAGUUGUAGUCAGUUAAAAAAAAAUUAUUUGUGGUUAUAGGGCCUUGUGAUGGCAUGUGUGGCUAUAGGGCCUUGUGAUGAUGGCAUGUGUGGUGAUAUGGCCUUGUGAUGAUGGCCUGUGUGGUUAUAGGGCCUUGUGAUGAUGGCCUGUGUGGUUAUAGGGCCUUGUGAUGGCCUGUGUGGUUAUAGGGCCUUGUGAUGACCUGUGUGGUUAUAGGGCCUUGUGAUGAUGGCCUGUGUGGUAAUAAUGUGUGGUUAUAGGGUGUUGUUAUGGCUUGUGUGGUUAUAGGGCCUUGUGAUGACCUGUGUGGUUAUAGGGCCUUGUGAUGAUGGCCUGUGUGGUAAUAGGGCCUUGUGAUGGCCUGUGUGGUGAUAGGGCCUUGUGAUGACCUGUGUGGUUAUAGGGCCUUGUGAUGAUGGCCUUUGUGGUUAUAGGGCCUUGUGAUGAUGGCAUGUGUGGUUAUAGGGCCUUGUAAUGGCAUGUCCAUACUGUACCCACACCUCAGUAUUCAUUUUGGCAGACAGCCUUCACAUUGAUUUGUGGCAUACUGAAUAAUCUGUAACUAUCAUUUUCAAAUUACAAUGUUUCUUGCAGAGGAUAUGAUCAAGUUCAAGGAUAUCCUGACAUUCCCUUUCACAACAUGGCUGAUAUCAAUCAUCUGUGUUGCCUAUUAUGUGGCAGUCUUCCCUUUCAUUGGCCUGGGUUUGUAAGUCCUUGUUUUUUUUAAAAACCAUAACAGUUUUAAUCUUUUCAAUAGAUUAAUAUGAACGAUUUGUGUCAAUAAAACAAUAUAUGUUCAGCUUUAAUAAUAAUUUUACACAAUGUACAAAUUAAUGUUUUGGCAAAUGCCUUCAUCAGUACAACAGCAAAACAUUUAAAUAAGUAUAAAUUAAAUUACAUAAUAUAUACAUGUAUCCCACCUAAAAAACAGAAAAGAAUAGGAAUAUGGGGAAAAACCAGACAAAAGCAAAUUAAAGAAGAAUGGAAAGGAAGUGAUUUGAAGUAAAAUGUAAAAACCAAACAGGAAAAAGACAUGGCAGCUAUGUAAAAUUGUGGAUUUGGUUUAUCUGCUUCAUAAGCUUUAACGUAGUCCAACACUCUUAUACACAUAUUGUUUGUGUCUAAUUAAUCUAUUUUAAAGCUUUAUCGCAGUCCAACACUCUGUAAUCUUUGCACCUUGAAUAAAGGAAAAGAUGUUAAGAUAAAGGAAGUCUAAUUAGCUUUUGACUUUUCGGGUAUUAAAAGGUCAUUCAAUGAGUCAAACCUUCGUGAAGCCAUUUACUGUGGAUGAUCUGUAUAGACAAAAUAGCCUCAUAAAAAUAUAUAAAUAAUUUCACUAAUAAAGCUCUACAGUGAUAAAAAACAGUAUGUCCCAAAACUAACAGUACAGAAAAGUCUUGGAAUUGUUCUACCAUCUCUUUUCAAACUCAUUGUCUCCAUUAACUACUACAAAUGUAUGAGCAAAAAUUCCUACUAUGAAUAAUUUUUCCUCCUCUGAAAAACACAUUUCUAGCGAUAGCUGGCCAACGUACAAUCCUUUUCACUUCUAGGGUCAUGUGGCAGACGGAGCUGUGCACUGUACACGUUCAAGAUGAGAGAGUUUCAAUUCUUUUAUUUUUUUGGCGCAAACUGUAUAUCCUAGAGAUGCAAUGUAUAAUAUAAAUUGAGUUACUCAUGUACUGAUUUCAUUGUUUACAAGAAUACAUUUCUGAAAAUCUUUCAGGGUUUUCUUUGAGAUGAAGUUUGGCCUGACUCCCACCAGUGCCAACGCCGUCAACAGUUUGGUCUACAUUGUUUCUGCAGUGGCCUCCCCUGUUUUUGGGUUUCUCAUUGACAAAAUUGGCAAGAAUGUCUUCUGGGUUAUCAUUGGCAUUGUAGUCACCCUGGGCUGCCACAUGCUGCUUGCUUUCACUUUUAUCAACCCAUACGUCGCUAUGGUGAGUGGUUUGAUCAUGUUUUUGUGUUUUUUUUGGUGUGCCUUAUGAAUAGCAUUGGGAGAAAAAUGCUCAACGAAGUAGUGAAGCAUUGCAUCAGGAUUGUCCUGAUGAUUAAGCUUCAUAAUUAUCUUGGGCUUAUUUCGAAAUCUGCUGUAACCAAAAAUAAUUCUAAAGAUAUCAUUAAUUCAUUAAAACUGUCAACUUAGAAAAAAUGACAGCAUAGAAGAAAGACAUUUUUUAACACCUCAGAAACAUAUAGGUCAAGGUGAUUACCCUUGCAGAUCAGAAGUGGGAUUACAAUGUUUGGUCUAAUAUUUUUGUUAUUGGAUUUCACUCUCUCAGCAUUUUUGGACCUCUCAUAAGUCAUUAAAAAUAUUUGAUUCGUAUAAUAUCAAUACAUAAACAAAAUUUAAAUUUACUCAAUGUUUAAAGCUACCCUUCAGAAUAAGUUAUAGUCUCAAGCUCACUCUUUGGUGAAGAGAAAAGUCGGGGGCAUUGGUGUGGGGGGCAUUGGUGUGUGUGUGUGGGGGGUUCUCCCACCAGCAAAUAUUCAUAAUGAAUACUUGGUUACUUUUAGCUAAAAAUUUUCAAAGGCAUUGUUUCAUAUAUUUUUUCUUCUUCAUGGGUUAAAAAAAAUAGAGACCCCUAUUUCUGUUUGGCCCAUCUGAUUUUGCAGUUUCUUCACUCCUAGAUAAUCAUGGGACUGUCAUACUCAGUGCUGGCCAGUGCUCUCUGGCCCAUGGUCUCCCUUAUAAUACCCGGUCAUCAACUGGGCACAGCAUAUGGCAUGUAAGUAAUAUAAGUAAAACUAACAAACGUUCACUGGUUAAUCAAUAUUGUUUGCUUGAAUUCAGAGUUGCCUCGGCAGUCAGGGGCAGCAGUCAAUCAGCGGCAGUCAGCAGUGCCAGUCAGCAGCGGCAGUCAGCAGGUCAAUUUCAAAACUUAAGAUUAUUUCAUUGGUUCAUUAAAAUCAUAUAUUUCUGCCCAUGCUACAAAUACUGAUGGGCUUGAUGAUGAGUCCAUUUUUAAAACCUAUGCAUUUCAGCAAUGUUAAUUCAAAGGGGAGCAUGACUGUGUACAGUCCAACUCUCUUUUGGAUCAAAUGCUGUCUUUUAGAACAGGUUUUUAUUUGUUGUAGAUUGUAGACCCAUGGCUUAAUACUUAAUAAAAUAAAAAAAUAAAAAAUAAAAAACUCUAUGAUUCAAAAAAUUUUAGAAUGCAAGCCAUCCAGAACCUGGGUCUAGCUGUUAUAUCCCUUACUGCUGGUAUAAUCGUGGAUCAGAAUGGCUACCUCAUCCUAGAAGUGUUUUUCAUGGCUUGGUUGUGCUGUAAGUAUGCUUGGUCAUCUCACACUUUCAGAAUUAAAAUAAAUUUUUAGUCUUGUAAGUGAUCAAAGAAAAUUAUUAGUACAGUAAAAGUUUAUGAAUUGAAAAUGUUUUAAUUUUCAUGUCUCAAAUGCAAUUAUUUGGAUGUCUGAAUUUCAAAUAUUUUACGACAGAAUUUUAAUCUGUUCAUUAAAUAUCAACAAAUAGAAAAUGCAUAACAUAAUUCUAGUGUAAAUUUUUGCUGACGUCAUCUUGUCUUCGUGCGAUGAUCGUGUAGCUUUGUUUUAUUGGCAUUAUACAUCACUUCAUUCCCUUGGCUUCAAGUUAAAGCAUAUUCUAAUCCAGAUCAAGCACAUUUAAAAAAAAAUAUUAAUUUAUGUAAUUAUGUAAAGAUUCAACCUCUAACACUAAACCAUAGAAUGACAAAUAUUGAUUUUUCAGAAUGACAAAAGUCUUCAUGAAUUUUUUUUUUUUUUUUAUUGUUGAUGAACUUUACAAAAAUUAAACCUUAAUUUUUUUUUGUUUCUUUCUUUCAGUGGCACUGAUUGCUGUUGUUUUACUUUAUUUUUGAGAAUGACAAAAGUCUUCAUGAAUUUUUUUUUUUUUUUUAUUGUUGAUGAACUUUACAAAAAUUAAACCUUAAUUUUUUUUCGUUUCUUUCUUUCAGUGGCACUGAUUGCUGGUGUUUUACUUUACCUCUUUGAUGCCAAUAAAGGUAUUUUCAUCUCAAUCACCCCUCUCUCAGAAUAUGGUUGUAAUAAAUGUAAUAAAUUAUAUUAAGUGACCAAGAUUGGUGAUGAUAAUUCUGUUUCAACAAAAUUCUGUCAAAUGUUUCCAGAAAAAUGUGAAUUAAAAUAAAAAAAAUUUAAAAAAACUCAUUACUUUUAUCUUAAGCACUUAAGAUUCAAUACAGGGAUUAAGGCUCCUCAAACUUUGACCUAAGUACCACUAGCUGUAAAUUAUAUUACGCACGUUGGAAAAUGUGAGAGCUUAACAAUUUACAAAUACUUAUAAAGCUAUUCACUAAAAGUUUCAAACUACAGACAUGAUAGUACAAGCAUUUUUGAAGUUUAUUUUAAGUGGCACAACAUUACGAAACUUUAAGAAACCCUUUAGCACCAUUUGAAUGUGUAGCCAGACGAACGGGUUUGGGUAACUCUUGAUGUAUUUGUGUUUGACCUGACCAGGUGGGAAGUUGAACUUGUCGGCAAAAGCCAGGGCUCUCCAGAAAGCAAACUCGGAAUCGCAAAUGUAAGUUGCCAAUGUUGAUUGCGGCACCUGCAAGUGGUAAUCUGAUUUCUUGCACAUUAUAAGAGAUCAUUAAAGAGCUUGUAGAAAAUUCUGAGCAGUUACAAUUGUAAAAACCUCUUGUAUUAGCAACGUUUGUUACUUUUAAUUAAAUUUCAGUAUUAGUAUUACUCUGUUGUAGUAUUUUGCCUCGUCUAUUCACAUUUUACAAUCCUCCAUAAUAUUUGAUAACACGAGCCAUUAGAAUUUAGCUUCACAGGUUUUAUUGACGAUAUAAAGACACAGCAUGAAAUAAAUCUCUAGAAACUAGAGCAAACAUAAUUGUCAUAUAACUUAUUCACUUCACAUUCAUAAUCCACUCAGAUCUGUUGCGUCAACAUUUAGAUGUUGUGUGAUGCACAUAAAAUCGUGGCAAGAGCCAACAAUGAAAUAAUCAGACUGCCAUUUCUAUUGUCCACUUGCUUCUCUGCACAUGCCAUACAGUAUCUAAUUAACUUCCUGUGCAUCCUAACUUACAAAAAACAAAACAUUAUCCAAAACAAAUGAUUAUGUCAAUAUUUAAUCUGUGACAACAAUUUUUUUUAGAGAAAUUAACUUAGAACAAAGUAAAGGAUGUCUGUGUUAAACUGACACUGACAUUAUCGCCAUUUCAUUUUAAGAGCAUAAUUUAUUUAAAAAUCCCCAUCUAACCUAUUUAUCCCUAAGUCAUAUCCACCUGGCAGUGGCCAUUUUUUUUGUUGUUGUUUGUUUUGAAUACCAUAAGGUUAGAUACACAUAGUAAAAUAUGUGACUGAUAAACUUAUUAAGAAAUACUUUUCCGUAAGUUAGUUUUAAAAUGAACAUCAUCGAGCUAUUAAAAAUUCUAAAAAUAUACUAUCCCUUUCUAUCCUUAAAGCCAACAUUUAGCAAUGAUUUAUGUUUGAACUUGAAGAUGUGGAUUUGGUGAUACUGGUAGCUAAUAAAAUAACCGUAAAUAUAUAGUCCAAUCUUUAUGUCUCAUGACUCAUUUUGACAUCAGUCCACUUGAGUACGUCUUGAUGAGGCCAGUGCUUGAGAUCAAAGCUUUCGAUUGUUCAACAUUUUUUGGUCUACUUCCCCAGUCCUCUGUUUUCCGCUAACCCUCUAUCUCUCACUGGUUAUUCCGUUAACCCUCUAUCUCUCACUGGUGUUUCAGUUAAUCUCUUAUCUCCCAUUUUUUUUUUUUUUCUAAUUUAUGUCCAGCUUUGUGGCAGGAAUAUUGCCUUUGUUCAUUGUUAGUUUUUAAAGUCUUUUGUCAGCUAUAACAUUCAUCAUUUUGGUGAAAUGUGACCUUCUUCCUUACACUUAAUUUCUUUUAAUAACAAUUUUUAUAACAGUUUUGCCUGAUUGAAACGGGAGUGUGUGGGGGAUGUUUAAUCUCUUAUUUGUCACCUAUCUACUAUUAUUUUUAUAUAACACCUCAUUAUCCUUAUUUUAUUGGUAACAUCUCACCUCACCAUACUUAUUUGUCAUAUCGAUAUCAAAUCACCAUAUUUUCUAUUAUAUGGAUAACAUCUUAUUAUCCUUAAUAUUUCAUGCAUAUCUGCUCUCUUUCUCUCUCUCCCCAGCCAAGACAAGUAAAACCAAUGGGGACUGUGACGUGGCAAGGGAAGGAAAUUCUACAAUCAAAGUUCAUGUGGGAGUGUUUCUGUUUGGUGACCUAAUUUGAACAUUCCAUUCUGCAGCGUGGCAAAGUGUCUCUCAUUUUGCAGUUGAGAUCAGCUGUGUGCACGUUAGAAAUAUUUGUCUGUCCUAAUCGUUUACUUAUCCCCCCAAAAAUAAUUGAUUCUUUAUUAUUGAAUGCUUGCUGUCGUUGUUGACUGUGUCAGCUGCAGUUUUUAUAGGCAAAUGUUGGCCGCUUGAGAAUGACUGCAGUGUGGACUGACGCUGGCUGACCACUUGUCUUUCAUAGGAUACCAUGUUGUCACAGCAGGGUUAUUAUAUCUUACUGGUCUGCACAAUCUGUCAGCAUCAAUCUACUUAACAACCAAUCUUCACGGCUCUUUCUUUAUAGACCAGGGGUUGAUGAAUGUUAGCGCUGCAGUACACAAAAAACAUCAUUUUGUAUAGUCUAUCAACCACCUUUUUGCCGUUUAAUUUAUAGAAUAUAAAGUUGACGCCAUUUAUUUAGAAUAAUUCUCUACACAUCAAGUAAAGUUUAAAACAUCCUUCUGUACAGUGUAUCAGCAACCCUGGUACUACUUCAUUUAUAGAAUAUGUAUAGACGCCAUUUAUUUAGGUGAUUUCAAAUGCAUCAGGUGCAGUUUAGAACUGAACUUUAGUUAGAAAAUAGAUCACUUAUCAGGGGAAGUUUAGAACAGAACUUUAGUUAGAAAAUAGAUCACUUAGCAACGGCAGAUCGAGAAUCAAGAAGAUGAUGUAAGGGGAGAGGGUGCACUGUUUAAAAAAAAAUGAAUUUGAGGUAGAGCUCAUUAUAAAAGAAGAAAUUCUUGGGUGCUGGGUGGCACGAUUAAAAAAUACUGAUUUGUAGCAUUACAUCUUCCUAAUCCUUAUCUCAAGAUAGGAAGCCCUGGCUGCAAAUUUAACAUCUGGUUUUAGUUCAUUGAUCAAGAAAUUGCAUCUCUUGCAUAGUAUCAUAGCUCUUUUUUGAAUAAAGUUGUUGAUUCUAGAACAAGCCCAAUUAUAUUUGCUUCCCAUGUCGGCACAAUAGGUUUUUACAAGUUCAGAAAUGUCAUAAUGUUUUUUUUUUUCAACCUUACAGUUGGCUACAUUAUCAUUUUUUUUAUUUAAUUUUUUUUUUGGUUUAAAAAUUGUGCCAAAAGCUUUUUAUAGACAUUUUUGAAAAAAAAAGCUCUCUGAGUCUAAAUAAAUUAAUAUAAUUUAGUUGAUGUACAUGGUUUAUGACUGAAGUGAGCUAUCAUCACUCUAGGCCAACAUUAUAAUCACUCAUUUUUCAUACACAAAUUAAUGUUUUGCAAUUGAAAAUGAGCCACUUUGUCCAGGCUGUCUCUGUUAAUGCCUGCAGUUUACAUAGGGGCUGCCCAUCACUGUAGUCAGGACUGACCACCACUGUAGUUAUGGCUGUUUAUCACUAGUUAUGGCUGUCCAUCACUUUGGUUAUGGCUGUCCAUCACUGUAGUUAUGGCUGUCCAUUACUGUGGUUAUGGCUGUUCAUCACUGUAGUUAUGGCUGUCCUUAACUGUAGUUAUGGCUGUCCAUCACUGUAGUUAUGGCUGUCCUUAACUGUAGUUAUAAUGACAUUGAUUGUUGAGAAAUAAUGUGAGUGAAGUUAGAAUCCAUAAAUAAUAAAGGUGAUGUUGAAAUCCUUAAAUAUAAUGGGUACCAAUUAUUAUUUUUAUUUUAAAAAAAGGCUUAAUGUUUUUAAUUGGUGAGAUUUUUCAUACAUAUUUAAUGUAGUUUUUAAACUGUUAAAGCCAUUUAAGCAUUUUUUUAUAAGUGCUUUGACUUACUUUUAUUAGUGAUUUAUGAUUGUGUAUUUAAUGAGGCCUUAUUUUUGUGUAAAAUGUACUUAAGGAAGCCAUCAUAUAAUACGGACUAUAUUACUAUUUCCUAUAACUAAUUUUUGUGGAAAUUGAGAAUUCCUUCCUUUUGUGUACUUGCUGUUAUUAUACCGCCAUCUUGUCAUAGUCAGUCCUAGUUGCUCUUGACAGAUGAACAACAGCAACAACGUACUAUAUGGAUGGCCCCUAUGCCAGGAUGAGAAGGGCUGUUCGUCAACUUAAUUAAAGACGUUGGUGGUAAUUUUAAGGAAUUUUUUGGUCAGCUUAAAGAUGUAUUUAUAAUUAAUAAUUUAAGUUCAAACUUAACCAGUAGUUUGUCAAAAUGUAAAACAACAACAUAUCAUGUGACUGUAAAUAUGGCUUGGUCUGAUUAACUUAGUGCUGUUAUCAAUACACAUAUUUACUAUUAGGAUGUCAUAGAUAAAAAAAAAAAUUUUGAUCGUAAAUGUUGCAGAUGUGUAGGCUUACGUGUACUACAUCAGCGUUUCCCAAAGUGUGGUACGUGUACCCCGGGGCUAUGGGAAGAGUUUUGUGGGGCUACGCGCCGCAAAAGAAAAAAAUCAUUUUUUUUAUUGUUAUGAAAGUAUAUGCAAUUUUUUUUUUUUUUUUACGAAUGGUACUCAGUGUUACAUAAAUUUUAGACAGGGAUACAUUGUGGGCGAAAUUUUGGGAAACACUGUCAAACAUGAACUUUUUAAACAGCACUAAAAAUAAAAAAGUGUGGUACGUGUACCCCGGGGCUAUGGGAAGAGUUUUGUGGGGCUACGCGCCGCAAAAGAAAAAAAUCAUUUUUUUUAUUGUUAUGAAAGUAUAUGCAAUUUUUUUUUUUUUUUUACGAAGGGUACUCAGUGUUACAUAAAUUAUAGACAGGGAUACAUUGUGGGCGAAAUUUUGGGAAACACUGUACAACAUGAUCUUUUGAAACAGCACUAAAAAUAAAAUGUGUUUCAUGAAAUAUUUUUAAGUAGUUCUUGGACUUUUUCCCCGCCCAGCAAUAUUUAAAUAUAAAUUUGCAUGUGAAUGUUCAAAGCAGAGCCCAAGUGAAGAAGGCUUUACUAUAGAAUCAGUUCUGAGUAACUUAAGGUGGCUGAUGCAGCAAUUUUAUUUGAUGUAAACAAUUAUUCAAUGAUUGACAGGAGAUCACUGUUGUAUGCGAUAUAACUAAUCGGUGUGGAUGCUCGUGUUUCACUGUCGUCUUGCCUAGUGGUUAACAACAGGGCAGCUAAAAACAUUUGUUUAAACUCAAAAGUAUAUUGAAAAAUUACUAAAUUAUUAUUAAUACCAAUAAAUUAAUUAAAAGAAACAAUGCCGAGACCUUUUUUUAAAAUUUAAUUUGUUUUUAACCUGCAUGAGUAAAUUUAGUGAAAUUUUAAAUGAAUAGGUGAAGGAAGUAUGGACAGUUCUGGUUUGUGUAUUAGUGUACACGUUUGUGUACUGGCAUAGAGGUUUGUGUACCAGCACACAUCUUUGUGAUUAGUCUGAAAAUAUCAUUUUGUAAGCUACUUUGAUAAAUCACUUAUAUUUGAACUUUAUUUUAUUUAUUUUUUUCAAAACAUCGUCUAAUCCAUAAUUCUUUUCCAAAAAAAAAAAAGCACAACAGUGUCUGAAAACAUUUCCGCUAUAUAUUUGUAAACAACUUAGUGUGAAUGUGCCGUGUGGCAUGUGAUUAGCUGAUACCAACUGUGUGGUUCUUUUAAAAUUAGUGUUCUCCAUAUUGUGAACAAAAAUAUGUAAACAUUAUUUCUAUCCUCCUUUUGCUUCAAUUAGCAAUGUAAACCUGCCGAUUAGCUAUGUAAGAUUGAAACAUUCAAAUGAUCAUCCCUGUGGAUUUUAUCUUUUUUUUCUAAAAUUUAAAUGCCAUGAACUCACUCAUACUCAGACAAAACUUGUAUGCAUAUUUCUAGUCUCAUUUUGCUUCACUCUGAAGUGACUGCUUUCGUAAUGAUGCAACUAGGCUUUAAAAAAAUCUUAGUUGUUAGUUUUUAUGGUGCAGAGUUUUUUUUUUACAAAACCAGUGUUGCCUGAAUGUGCCUCGGAAACUUUGGGAAAUUAUUUAACAAGAUUUUUUUUUUCUUUUUAAGAUCCAGUUAAAAAUGGUGAUUUUAUGGCUUGAAUUGUUAAGUUGGCUAAUGUAUUGAUAAAACUUUUUUUUGGAUCAAAAAAAAAAAAAUGUAAUCUGUUUAUUGUUAAAAAAUUGUGUUUUCACAGGAGAAGUUUUUAUUCCUCAUUUGUCGCUAGUAGUAGUGUAAUAAUAACAGCAAGAACUUGUUAUAGCAGUAGUGAAUACUCAGCGCAGAUCCCACAUAAAUUUAAUUUGCAUAAUUAUUGAAGUGGGCAGCCUUCAUUUUUCAGUGGGCCACUCAUGACAUGGUUACUGAGUUGAUGAUCCUGUCAAUUGCUGUUUGUUGUUCCGCCUUCACAUGCAAAGAUGACCAAGGCUAUAUACAACGGUGAUUAGGGGCACGUGGCUCGCCAGUCCUGUUUGGGCCUGGAAAGCUUUUUCCAGGCAUGUAGGACAACAUAGUUUUGGGUCCAAUCAGGAUUUGAGUCGUUUUAGCUCUUUCCUUGCCGUGCGCUUUCUUUGGGCAUGAGCGGUGCGCUUAUUCUCUGAGGACCAUGCUCCAACAGUGAGUCUGUCUCACCAGCUUGCACGGUCCAUAGCAGGUGUCUCCCACGAAUCGAGGUCAAUGUCCCGCCAACUUGGGAUCCACUAUAAGGGGGG